AUGACUUCAGACACUGACGUUACCUGGGAUCAAUUGUCAAAUAUUUAUGAAAAAGAGAUAUUUGACUCGUUGACCAGUAGAAGAAUACCAUUUUUACGAAAAAUUCAACUUCUUUUGGAUACUAAUAAGAUAACCGAUGAUAAACAAGAAUUACUAGAAUUAUGUCAAACAUUAUUAAAAACAUAUAAUUACUACCAGGAUGUUAAUUCAAGAAAUGAGUUGCUAAAGACCUUAGAAAAGAUUAUUGUAUUCAAGAAUGAGCUUUUACCUAUUUUUAUUAAAUUUAUUUAUGACAUUGCAGUCAAAGAAAAGUCAAUGGCUGUUACAGAUUACUUAACUUUAUUGAGUUGGAUUAAUAAAUUAAGUAUUAUAAUUGCUGAUUUAGGAGUCAGCAAACAAGAGUUGAUUGAAAAAGUAGUAUUGAGUCAGGCUUACUUAUUUAAGAAUUGCGUCAAUACAAUUCUCAAUGAAAGUAAUCAAAGUUUCCAGCACAGAAGAAGAAUCAACGAUUCUGUAUUCUCGUCUACCAAAUAUUCUAUUACGCAUACUUUUGUUAAGCUGGAUGGUUCUACCAAGGUUAUUGAUAAUUAUAUUACUGCACUUAUCUCUCCUACAAAUAAAGUUUCUCCAACUGUUGUGAUUUCUUAUUUAGGAGUUUUAUCAGAUGCAAUUGUGGAUGCACUUCCAACAUAUCCAGGCCUCUUAGAUCAUUUCACUAAAUCCGGUGGAAGUACAAAGUCUUCGAUUUUGGAUUACUAUACCAAUCAAGUGUUAUUGAAUAAGGUACCUCCUCAUGAUUAUGCCUUGAAAUUGUUCGGGAAAUAUAUCAAAUCUUGUGUUAAUGAAGAUGAUUUUAAUACUGUUAUUGCACCAGUAUUAGAUAAGGCGAUUUUAAGAUCUUCAGAAGUUUCGUUUGGUCAUUUAAUUCCAAGGCUCUUCGAAUUUUUGAGUAAGGACAUUGAUUUAAGUAAUACUUUAGUUAAUACAAAACUUUUGAAUAACUUUUUGAAUGCAUUUAAAUCUCCUAAAGAAUUAACAAGAAGUGGUGCAUUUAAUUCAAUACAAUUUUUGAUUAAUAACCAUUUCUGGAAUUCUUCUGACGAUACAUUCACCAAGUUGGUGGAUGAAUGUUUAAAGUCUUUUAAAAGUACCUCAAAUAAUGAAUCAAAAUACUUAAUUGUUAAGAUAUUAUCAAUGCUUAAGUUUAAAAAUAAAGGUAUAUCCUUACAAAUAUUAAAUGGCUUAUUACCGUUUGUAUCCAAAGAUCAAAAUGAAAUUUCAUUAACUGGUUUAAUUAAUACAUUCACAAACCAUUAUUUGGACAUAAUUGCCAAUAAUGAAGAAAUUUCAGAAGAGGAUAAUUCUAAAUUUGUCAAUCAAUUUAAGCUCGGUUUGAGUGAUAAAAAAGUACAAUUGAGGCGUAUCUGGUAUCUUGAAUUAGGUGCAUAUGUAUAUAAUACCAUUGAAAUCGUUCGUAAUGACACAUUUUUACAACUAAUUGAAACCUUAUAUCCAAUUUUGGCUAAUUCAAUCGAAGAAGCUCAGCAAGCUCCUUUGCCUACAAUUGCUAAUAAGGGUAUAUCGUGUUCAUACGUUGUCAUAGCCUUAAGUUCAUUAGUCAAAAAGAGCAAUUCAAAGGUCAUUAAUGAUGAAAAGAUUUUCGUUAAUUCUUUGCAUAAUACUGAGAAACCAUCAAUUUUGACAAGUUCAAAGGUUAUUACAAAAUUAUCGAACCCGAGCGAGAAUAUCUGGCUUUUAAGAGCUUUAAAGGAAUCUGCUAGCUAUAUUGUCCUGCUUGAUCAAGAAGACAAGGAUGCAUAUGGACUUGCUUGGAUUUAUUUAGCAAUUUCAAAGAAUAUUUCUUAUGACUUAAGACUUCAAUGCCUAGAGUUAAUGGAACAUUGCUUGAAUGAGAAUGAAAAAGAGUUUAGUGAUUUAAUUAUAAAUUCGAUUUAUACUGUCUUGAUUGACUCCGAUAAUCAAAAAGAUCAAGAAGUAUUUAGUUAUAAUUUCAAAUUUUUAUCUCCAGUCUUUUCGGUUAUAACUCAAUUAAAGAAUCAAGGCGUCUCAAAAGCGAAUUUGCAAAAGCUAUUGGUUGCCGCAAAUCAUAGUUUGAUUCCAAUUAGAAACGAAUGGGUAGGACUUUGUCAAAGAUCAAAUAUUGAUGUAGGUGAUCUAGUUCAAGAUAAUGCUGAUGAUAUAUUUACAUCCACAUUGGAAUUCCUUAAAGCCAACACAUUUACAGGAUUCGUAUACAAAGCAGCUAUUAAAUCAAUGAGUAUGAUUUCUUUUAUAAAACCAGAAAUUUUUGGAGCAAAAGUAUCAGCCUUGAUAUCGUCAGAUCUUGACAUUGAUAAAAUUGCUAAUAUUGAUGACCAAGCAAUCAAAAUUUGGCAGGGUAUUGAUGGUGUCUUAGUCUUUGAUGUUCUUAAUGGUAAUUCUGAUUCAAAGAAGAACGAUGAUAAAAAUACCAAGGAUUACGAGACUAGGAAAUGGGAAGAGGAAAUGAGGAAAGAAUUAGCAAAUAAAAAUAAGGGAAAAACUACUAAAAAGUUAACCAAAGAAGAGCAAUCCCUUGUAAACGAGCAAUUGAACAAGGAAUCUAAUAUUCGUAAAGAAGUCCAAAUAUUGGUUAACGAUUUUCACCGCGGAAUCGACAUUGUUAACGACUUGGUUUCUAAUGCAAUUCAAGUUGAUAAUGGGGCUGCACAUUGGUAUCCUGUGGCUAUUACUAAGAUCCUCAUAUUAACUGAAAGUGAAAUUAUUCGUCGUUUGUUGCAUGAUUUAGCCCUAGAGUCAAUUUUGCGCUUAGCUGAUUUGAUCUCACCAAGGUUAGGUUUAUUGAAAGGAUUCGUAGGUGUCGCCAUUUUAAGGCUUAAUAAAGUCCAAGGAUUAAAAGAAAAUUUGUUAGAAGAACCUAUUUUAAGUUUAACUUCAAGAAUAUUAUUUAGGAUUAAGUUUCUCUCUGAUCAGAACCCAUUAGAUUCGCUUUCAUUAUCAUAUAUCUUGCCAUUAUUGACUAAGGUUCUUGAAAAUGGUAAGACUGUGGCUAUGAAAAAUGCAACCAAGCAAAAAGUUACAUCGGAAUUUGUGGAAGAAGAUCCAGAGGAAGAGCAACUAUUGUUGGCUAUUGAAAUAAUUUCCUCUCAUGCAGAAGUUUUUGAGGAUGAUACUAUCCCAAGGCAAAAGAUUUUGGAAGUAUUAUUAUCGCUAAUGAAGCUACCUUCAAAAGCGAAAUUGUCUAAGGAAUGCUUUUUAGCUAUGUGCCAACAUAUUUCUGUUAGUAUUACUGAAACAGAUCUAAGAAUACUUUUUGACAAUAUCAUUUCACCUGAAGUAUUUGUUAGAAAUACAAUCUUGGAAGGUAUUGAUUCUGAAUUUGAUUUAACUACUGAAAUGACAUAUUCCAAUGAAUUAUGGAUUGCUAUACAUGAUAACGAUCCAAAUACUGCUGAGCUAGCAAAAACAAUUUGGGAAGAUAACAAUUUCAAACUUGAGCAAGAUGCACCAACUCGAUUAUUGCAAUAUACCGGCAAUAAGGAUUCAGGCUUAAGGUUAUCUAUAGCGAAUGCGAUUUAUUCGUCCGUGUCUGAAUUACUUGCUAGCAACAGAGAUAUUUUUGAAGAUACAUUGAACCAACUAAUUGACCUCUACCACGUAAAAAAGAACCCUCCACCGCCUGCAUUGGACAGAUUUGGUUUAGUGAUUAAAUCUUCUUUCGAUCAAAGAGACACCUGGGAGGAAAGAUCAACGAUUGCAUUAACUAUAAAAUUGAUGAGUCCCUUCUUUGAAAAGCACUCAAUCGAGAAAUUGUUUAAAUUUUUGGUAGAUGAAAAGGCUUUAGGUGAUAAGGAAGAUUUGGUUCGCCAAGAAUUACAGGAAGCUGGUAUUGAAGUUAUUAAGAAACAUGGAUAUACUAACAUUGAAGUUUUGAUUCCAAUUUUUGAAGCUUGUCUUGCUGCAAAGGAUGAUGGCUCAAAAACACAAGAUAAUAUAAGAGAAUGCGUGAUUAUCUUAUAUGGUGCAUUGGCACGUCAUUUGGAUGAGUCAGAUUCGAGGUUGAAUUUGAUUGUGGACAGAUUAAUUAAAACUCUCGAUACCCCAUCCGAGGACGUUCAGUAUGCGAUCUCUGAGUGCAUUGCCCCAUUGGUUCCUUCAUUUACUCCAAAAUUGCAGCAUUAUUUUGAUAUUUUAUUUGAGAAGUUAUUUGAAGGUAAAACAAUGGCUUCAAGACGUGGUGGAGCGUAUGGUAUUUCAGGUUUAGUUAAAGGUUCGGGUAUUAAAUCAUUAUCCACGUAUGAUAUCAUAAGAAACUUAACCGAUGCUGCAGACGACAAAAAGAACUCGCAACGCAGAGAAGGUGUUUCAUUUGCAUUUGAAUGCUUAUCUCAGAGCUUGGGAAAAUUUUUUGAACCUUAUGUGAUCGAAAUUUUACCUAUUCUCUUGAAAUCAUUAGGUGACCAAGUGCCGGAGGUUAGGGAGGCUACGGAUUCUGCUGCAAAACAAAUUAUGAAAAAUACCACCAGUUUUGGUGUUAAAAAGUUGAUUCCUGUUGCAAUUUCUAACUUGGAUGAGAUUGCAUGGAGAUCUAAGAAGGGUUCAGUCGAAUUAUUAGGUUCUAUGGCUUAUUUGGAUCCUACCCAGUUAUCUUCAUCUUUAUCUACUAUUGUACCUGAAAUUGUUGGUGUAUUAAAUGAUACCCAUAAAGAAGUGAGAAAAGCUGCUGAUCAAGCUUUGAAAAGGUUUGGUGAAGUUAUUCGUAACCCCGAAAUCCAAGCUAUUGUCCCAGAUUUAAUCAAUGCCAUCGGUGAUCCAACUAAAUUCACUGAAGCUGCUCUAGAUAAAUUAAUUCAAACUCAAUUUGUGCAUUAUAUUGAUGGUCCCUCUUUAGCUCUUAUAAUCCAUGUUAUUCAUAGAGGUAUGAAGGACAGGUCUGCUGCGACGAAGAAAAAAGCUUGUCAAAUUGUCGGUAACAUGGCAAUUUUAGUGGAUAGUAAAGAUCUUCGCCCAUACUUGUCUGCUUUAGUUGGGGAGUUAGAAGUUGCUAUGGUAGAUCCAGUGCCGGCAACAAGAUCAACUGCUGCUCGUGCAUUAGGUUCCUUAGUUGAAAAAUUAGGGGAGGAACAAUUCCCCGAUUUGAUUCCUCGUCUAUUAGACACAUUGAGAGAUGAAACGAAGGCCGGAGAUAGACUUGGUUCUGCCCAGGCCCUUUCAGAGGUUAUCUGUGGUCUAGGUAUUAAUAAAUUGGAAGAAUUACUACCAGAUAUCUUAUCAUGUGCAUCAUCUCCUCGUAAUUACAUUCGUGCUGGUUUUAUGCCUUUAUUAUUAUUCUUACCUGUCUGUUUUGGUUCUCAAUUUUCUCCAUAUUUAAAUCGUAUUAUUCCGCCUAUUUUGUCAGGUUUGGCUGAUACAGAUGAAGAAAUCAGAGAUACCGCUUUAAGAGCUGGUAGGUUGAUCGUCAAGAACUAUGCUAAGAAGGCAGUUGAUUUAUUAUUGCCUGAACUAGAAAUUGGAUUGUCAGACACUAACUACCGUAUUCGUCUUUCUUCUGUCGAACUCACUGGUGACUUAUUAUUCCAAGUCACUGGUAUUUCAGGUAAGAGUGAACUUACAGAAGAAGUUUCUGAAUAUUCCGGUGAAGUUAACAAGACCCUUAUUGAAGUACUUGGCCAGGAGCGCCGUGAUCGUAUUUUAUCAUUAUUAUUUGUAUGCCGUUCUGAUGUUGCAGGUAUUGUUCGUAGUGCAGCUGUUGAUAUCUGGAAAGCAUUGGUUGCAAAUACUCCAAGGACUGUCAAGGAAAUUUUACCAUCUUUGACCCAGAUAAUUGUUCGUCGUUUAGCAUCCUCAGAUGAAGAGCAACGUACGAUUGCAGCUCAAACUCUUGGAGAGAUGGUUCGUCGGGUUGGUGCGAAUGCAUUGGCACAAUUAUUACCUACUUUGCAAUCAUCGUUGGUAUCUGGUGAUAAUGAUGCUAAACAAGGAAUUUGUAUCGCACUCUCUGAAUUGAUUAAAUCGACACAAUAUGAUGGUCUUGUUGAGUAUCAAAAUAUAUUUAUCAGCAUCAUUCGUGAUGCUCUUGUUGACCCUGCUACAGGGGUCAGAGAGGCUGCUGCAGAAGCAUUCAAAGCCUUACAAGAGGAACUUGGCAAGGUCGUUAUUGAUGAAAUCUUGCCUUAUCUUUUGAACAUGUUAGAAUCUGAUAAUACAGAGAAUGCAUUAUUAGCUUUGCAAGAUAUAAUGGCUACAAAGGCAGAUGUUAUUUUCCCAAUAUUGAUACCAACCUUGUUAUCUCCUCCUAUCGACGCAUUUAAGGCUAGAGCACUUUCUUCCUUGGCCUCUGUUGCUGGACCUGCCUUGUAUAAGCGCUUGUCACUUAUUAUCAAUACUUUAGUUACGGCAGUUAUCGAAUCCAAGAACGAAUCAGAAGCCUCUCAAGAUGAAAUUAAAUCUUCGUUUGAUAAAAUUUUAUUGGCAAUUGAUGAUGAUGAAGGAGUCCACCCAUUAAUGCAACAAUUAUUGUCUUUGGUUAAGCAUGAAGAUGCUGCUAAGAGAGCGGUAAUCUAUGAACGCUUAGGCUCAUUUUUCACACAUACUAAUCUUGAUUAUACUAUUUACAUACAAGAUAUGGUAUCGCAAUUCAUUCUUUCUUUGGGUGAUAGAUCACCUGAAGUAGUGAAGGGUAGCUUCGAUGCAUUAUCUGCGUUAGUUAAAAGACAAAGUAAGGAAUCUCUUGAAAGGCUUAUUAAACCUGCACGUCAAGCCUUAAGCAUUACAGGUGUUAGAGGUGAAGAAUUAGCUGCGUUCACAUUACCAAGAGGACCAAAUUGUAUAUUACCAAUUUUCUCGCAUGGUUUGAUGUAUGGUAAUAGUGAUCAGAGAGAAAUGUCUGCACUUGCUAUAGCAGACAUCAUUGAUAAAACACCAGCUGCAAAUUUGAAACCAUUUGCUACUACUAUCACUGGUCCAUUAAUUCGUGUUAUAGGUGAGCGUGUGUCCUCUGAUAUUAAGGCUGGUAUUUUAUAUGCUUUAACCAGUUUACUUUCUAAGAUUCCACAGUUUUUACGUCCAUUUAUUCCUCAAUUACAGAGGACUUUUGUGAGAUCCUUGUCAGAUCCACAAAACGAUGCAUUACGUUCUAGGGCUGUUGUUGCUUUAGGUACAUUGAUAGAACAUCAGCCUAGAGUAGAUUCCUUAGUUACUGAGUUAGUGACUGGAGCAAGAAAUGCCACCGAACAAGGCGUCAAGACUGCCAUGUUGAAAGGUAUGUUAGAAGUUGUCAGCAAGGCUGGUAAAAAUAUGAAUGAAGCUUCCAAGACUUCUAUUUUGUCUUUAGUAGAAGAUGAGAUUACUCUUGUUAGUGAUAAGUCGGCUGUUUCGUAUGCUAGAUUAAUCGGUUCGUUAUCACAAAUUUUGUCUGCCGAAGAAGCUACGGUUAUACUUAAAUCUAAAAUUUUGGAAAAACAAAAUGAUGUUAAUGUUGAUAAUCACAAAUUUGCUAUAUUGGCUAUUAAUUCCUUCUUGAAAGAUGCUCCACACCAUAUCUUCCAGACGGGAUUAUUAGAUGAGAUUGUCACAUUUAUAAUUAAUUGUUCCAAUUCUUCGAACGAUUACAUUAGUGCUAAUGCAACUGUUGCGAUUGGUAAAUUGUGCUUGUUGUUGAAAGAGACUAAAUCACCAGUCACAUCUAGCACGAUUGUAAGCGAGAAUCAGUUUGAGAUUGAUGAUGACAAUAUACACAAAUUAGUGGAACAGUUGGCAACGAAUAUGGUUAAGCCAAAUUCAAAUUCACCUGAUACUAGAAGAUUAUCAUUAGUGAUAGUAAGAACUAUUGCUAGAUUCAAGUAUCAAGAAUUAGUCAAACCAUUUUAUGACCUUUUGGUUCCAUCUGUUUUUACAUGUGUUCGUGACACAAUUAUUCCAAUUAAAUUAGCAGCUGAAAAAGCGUACAUUGCUGUCUUCAAUUUGGUAGAUGACGAACAAAUGAAUGACUUUAAUGAAUGGUUCAACAGCAAACAAUCUAAUAUAUCUGGGGUUGUUGGAAUAUCUAUUAUUCCAAGAUCCAUCGGUGAUUAUACGAAGAGGGUUGCCACAAGAUUGGCCGGUGUUGAGAGAGAGAGAAUUGAAGCAGGUGGUGAUGAAGAGACUUUAUACUCAGAUAGAAUUGAAGACGAAAGUGAAGUCUGGGCCAUCGGCGGAGUAGAUUUAUCAAAGUAG